AUGUCUCAACAGCAACAGUCCACCGGUUCUGCAAACUCAGGCAGCAACUCGGCCAAAUCGCCAGACUAUGUUUACUUUGACCGCACGACUGCCGGCUUCUCCGAGGAGGCGGUGCCCAAGGCGAAGGCGGCCCAGCUGAAGCUUGAACACUUUUACAAGGUCGCAGUGGAUUCCGCGAUCGAGCGCAAUCAGAGGCGUGUUGAGCUCGAACGAAGGUUACAGACAGAUAAUACGAUGACGGAGGAACGAAAGCAACGCCAACUUCAUCAGCUCGGAAAAAAAGAGUCCACCUUCCUCAGAUUGCGUCGCACUAGGCUUGGACUUGAUGACUUCCGGACUGUUAAGGUCAUUGGCAAAGGCGCUUUCGGAGAGGUACGCCUCGUGCAAAAGACGGAUACCGGGAAGAUUUAUGCUAUGAAAACUCUGAAGAAGGACGAAAUGUUAAAGAAAGAUCAACUUGCGCACGUCCGUGCCGAACGAGAUGUACUCGCCGAGUCAAACUCCCCAUGGGUUGUACAGCUCUUCUAUUCUUUCCAGGACGCUGCAUAUCUGUAUUUGAUCAUGGAAUUUUUACCUGGAGGAGAUCUGAUGACCAUGCUCAUCAAGUAUGAUACCUUUUCAGAAGAUGUAACGAGGUUCUACAUAGCAGAAUGUGUGCUUGCGAUAGAAGCUGUGCAUCACCUUGGGUUCAUUCAUCGGGACAUUAAACCCGAUAAUAUACUGAUUGACAAGGACGGGCAUAUCAAGCUAUCUGAUUUUGGUCUUUCUACUGGUUUCCAUCGGGAGCACGAUUCUUCGUACUACCAGAAACUGUUGGAUCAGGCAAAUGGUGUCAAUUCACCGACGAGUGCUGCACAAGCCGCCCGCAACAGUGUUAUGGUUAAUGCCAUCCACUUGACGAUGACAAGCAAGGAUCAGAUCGCAACCUGGAAAGCAAACAGACGAAAACUGGCAUACUCCACUGUCGGGACCCCGGAUUAUAUCGCUCCUGAAAUUUUCUUACUGCAGGGCUAUGGUAACGAGUGCGAUUGGUGGUCUCUAGGAGCAAUCAUGUUUGAAUGCCUUGUUGGCUAUCCGCCGUUCUGUUCGGAAACACCGCAUGAGACAUACAAGAAAAUUGUGAACUGGAGAAACCAUCUCUGCUUCCCCGAUGAUGUACAUUUGAGCCGGGAGUCGGAGGACUUGAUUCGACGCUUGAUCACCUCGCCUGAUCAACGUCUGAGCGUCGACCAGAUCAAGGCACAUCCCUUCUUCUAUGGCGUUGACUGGGACAUAAUCAGGCAAAUCGAUGCGCCAUUCGUUCCACACCUUCGUUCAAUCACGGAUACAUCUUACUUCCCUACUGACGAGUUGCAGCAAGUCCCUGAGGAACCCACCACGACUGAAAGUGGGCCCGCGAGCAAGGAUCUGGCAUUCUUGGGUUACACGUUCAAGCGUUUCACCAUAUCUUCACACGCCUUCUAG